GGGGUCUGCUCUGGGGGGAGCGGGAGGCGGAGUCGCAGCCGCCGCAGCCGCAGCCCCGGCUCCUCAGGCCCGGGAGCGCCAUGGCCCAGGCCAGGAUCAGCGCUAAGGCCAGCGAGGGACAGCCGGCGGGGCAGCUCCGCGGGCGCUUCUUCCGCUCCACCUCCAUGGCCGACUGCUCCAGCCGCCUGCUGCAGAACCUGGACCAGCUGGAGCUCAGGGUUGAAGCCUUGCGUGAUGCAGCCUCUGCUAUGGAACAAGAAAAAGAAACCCUGCUAGAAAUGAUCCACAAUAUACAGAACAGCCAAGAUAUGAGGCACAUCAGUGAAGGUGAAAGAGAAGAACUUUGCCUGACUGCCAGUCGUCUGAUGGGCCGAACCCUCACUGUUGAGGUUUCUGUAGAAACAAUACGAAACCCACAGCAGCAGGAAUCCCUUUUGCACGCCACAAGGAUGAUUGAUGAAGUAGUCAAUAAACUCCUUGAUGAUCUGGAAGAUUCCAAAAGCCGUUUAAUGUCACUUUAUGGUGCAUGCACAUCUGAGGUACCAUCUGGACCCAUUGAUCAGAAAUUUCAGUCUGUUGUAAUUGGAUGCGCUAUUGAAGAUCAAAAGAAAAUCAAAAGGAGACUAGAGACUCUGCUUAGAAAUAUAGAAAACUCUGAAAAGUCAAUCAUGCUGUUAGAACAUCCAAAAUCAACUGUCCAACAGCUUUGCAACAAUGAACAGGAUUAAAGUAGUGCUAGGUAUUUGGGCAGAUCAAAGUUAAAUCUCCAUAAAGAAUGCACGGAAUGCAAAGAAAAAUGUUACUUUUUAGCUCUAAACUAAUAAUACUUUAGAGUGCUGGGUGCAAUUAUUAAAUAAAUCCUGAUAGCACUGCCUUAGGUAUCAGAAAGAACAUAAAUAUUUUCUUUCACAAUGAAGAUGUGAUCUAAGAAUGCUAUCAGGUUUGCUCCUCUAGACUUAAACUUUAUUGGUACUGCUGCUGCAAAUUGUAAUUAAUGUAUUUCUGCUGCACUCUUAAAGCUAGUCAGAAUCUAAUUUUUUUCUCUUCUCAAGUUUUUGAAAACUUAAGCUGUUGUCAUGUACUAAGAUUUCACCUAGCACAUUUUUUUCUCUUUGGUGAAUACUCUGUAUGAAACAGACUUUUGGGAAAAAGACAAGUCACGCAAUAAACAAGAACAAGAAGUUGAUAUGCCACACUCCAUUUUCAGGAAUGAGUAACUUUGUUAGUUACUUGGCACUGUAGCUCAAGAUGCUUUACAGAAAAUGAUAAGAAUUGACCCCAUUUAACAGACAGUGUGGUAACAUAACUCGCACAAGGUCACACAGCAGGCUGGGAAUAGAACCCAGGUCUUCUGACUAAGGGCAGGUCUUCACUACCUGCCGGAUCGGCGGGUAGAGAUCGAUCUAUCAGGGAUCGAUUUAUCGUGUCUCAUCUAGACACGGAUAAAUCGAUCCCUGAAUGCGCUCCCCGUUGACUCUGGAACUCCAGCUCGCGAGAGGUGGAAGCAGAGUUGACGGGGGAGCGGCAGCAGUCGACUCACCGCCAUCCUCACGGCCAGGUAAGUCGACCUAAGAUAUGCCGACUUCAGCUAUGCUUUUUGCGUAGCUGAGGUUGCAUAUCUUAGGUCGACCCCCCGCCUCCUCCCCCAGUGUAGACCAGAGCUAACAGUUCCGUGCUCUGUCCACUGGAUGCUGCUGCCUUCUAGCCUGUUUAUUAACUAAUGCUCAGUUUGGGGCUGCUGUGGGCUAAUGAUUUCAGAGUAACUUACAAGUGGAGUUACGCAGAACUGCUUUCAUGUUCUGCAAAUCAAAGAUACUUUUUUUCCUGUUAAUCCUCUACAAAGCAAAACAAAGUAAAACAGCUGGAUCCACAAACAUUUUAAAAUGGAUUAUAUUCAGUUCUGGUAUAAGCAGAUGCUGCUCUCAUUAAAGUCAAUGUAAAUUGCUCCUGCUCAUGCCAAAGUGGAGGUUAGCCCGUUUCCCUCAAAUAUCUUUUUCAUGUUCAACACUGGUAUUUGUUAUAAAAGCAAAAGCUUUUAUAGAUCUUCCUAUUUGUACACCAUGUUUCAUAAUGUCAAACACUGGGUGAAGUUGAUUAUUAAAUGAAAUUUUAAUAUAACAAGAAAAAUCAAAUGCUUCAAGGAGUGUUUGUUAAAUGCAUUCAUUCUGAAGUUUGAGUGAAGCAAUAGUUCAGUAAGACGCACUAAACCUACUGCUAAUGAUGGUCUGCAGCACCUAGGUUUGUUCCCAAAACUUCCAUUUACAGAUAAGUUAACAUAAUUAAUCUGUUUUAUGCACUGGGGUUGUAAUGUUUGUAAUGCAUUCGGUAUUUGAUUUUUUUUAAAAUGUCCAUCAGCAAAGACAUAUGUAACAGGGCUUGUAAAAUAUUCAAUAACAUCUCUGUAGCACUAGUUUGAGGUGAUGAAUGAAAUAAAGAACUAAGUUCCAUUGUA